AUGUAUGUGAAAUGCUUUGAUACAGUAAUGUUUUACUAUGUGACUUUAGUGAAUGUCACUUUUUGUCAUUUUCAAAUUUCCCGCCGUUCCGUCCCCGUACAUCCCGACGCUCGCAGGGGACGGAACCCAGAUGACAGAUACCGGCAUCCGUCGGAUUACAUUACUGGGGAAACUGCAGGAGGGACAUCGCAGGAGCGCAGGACAAGGUAAGUGAUCGAGAGAUUGCGGAGCAGCGCUGCAUGGCAAGACCGAGUGUGUAGCUCGGGGGUUGCCUCUUGUGCUACACUCGGGAAUAUCGCCAGGGAGGUUA